AUGGCCUCCACGGAGCGAGAGAGCAGAGGAUGUGAGCGGGCUGAGCUGCUGUGUCAAACGUUUCGUGUGCUGAGGCAAGAACCGACAUACUUAGCCCUUCAGGGAUGUAAGCUAAUUAACCCAACACCACUGCCACAGGAUCAGCUGCCCGCCAGAGGUGGUUGGAGCCCCCUCGCCCUUGACAGCCCGCCAACGGUUACAGAGGUUGUGCGGGGUUUUCCGCUCCGGCUUCCUCCCCAGUUUCCCCGAAGCAGCGGUGGCGUCUGCCGGGGCAGCGGGCUCGUGGGUCACCACAGGGUCCCUUCCGCUUGUGCGCAGGCCACGAGUUCAUCUGAGGGCAAUCCAGAACUACCAACAGCAGUUAAUAUAACUUGGUCUUCAAUCAAUUUUAAGACUAUACUACAAUGGCAACCAAAACCGUCAGGUUACUUAUAUACAGUAGAAAUACAUGGACAGACAUCUGACACCAAAAAAAAAUGCAUACUGACAGCAGAAACAGAGUGUGAUGUUACGGAUGUGCUCAAGAACGUAAAAGAGACCUAUACAGCACACGUACUGUCUGUAAUGCCCUCGGCGAUGGAUAACUUUGAAGAACCACCGUUUGGAGUGUCUGAAAAAUUUACACCUUACAGUCAAACUGUUCUGGGAAAACCGGAGAUAAAGAAUUACACACAAAAAGGUUCAGAACUGAAUGUUGUGUUCCAAGAUCCACUUACACCAUAUACAUUUCCUAAUGGAAGCUUUAAAAGUAUUCGAGAUAUUUUCCAACAUGACCUGGAAUACAAACUCUACUACUGGAAAGAUCAAAGUUCUGGAAAGAAAGAUGCAACAACAAAAAGCCAUACAUUUGACGUAAGCGUUGACAGCACAAAGAACUACUGCUUCUACGUACAGGGAAUCAUUCCCUCCCGCAGAGAAAACCGUAACGGACAAGAAAGCGUGGUGCUUUGCACCAGUGUAGGAAGAAAUAUCUUAGAUGAAUAUGGAGCCGAAGUCUUUAUCAUCAUAGCAGUGAUAGCAAUUGCGGUCAUCACUCUUGCCAUUGUCCUAUCAGUGAUCCUGUGUAAACGCAAGAAAGCAAAAGCGGCAAGAGAAAAGGAACCUCUCAAUGGUGUCUAA